AUGACAGUCGCUGUGUCCUUACAGUGGAUACUUCGAAGAUCCUGGAGGUUUGCGGGAAAUGCCAAUGGGCGACCGACCGCAACGGAGGAUUUGCCUCCCCAACAGCUCCGCUUUGUGGCGCAAGGCGACAGGCCAUUUGUUGGCUCGGAGGAAGCUUGUUUGAUCAAGUGGUGCCUUAAUCUCGGUCGCAUUGAGCUAAGCCCUGAUAGCCUUGAGAAGGAUGAUGCAUAUCCUCGCUCUACUGAUGCUUGGCAAUACAAGCGCAAGCUCAGUCAGACGGUCGGUGACGACUUCUGCCAAGGGAAGACAGGGCUUCACGCCGCACCGGCGGGAGCUGAAGGCAAUGAGGACUGCCGGGGCUACUACAACUGUUGGCAUGGCAAUGAAGCCAUGCAGCUGUGUGGCUCGGGCUUGCGCUUCAACCCAGCGACCAAGAAUUGUGACUGGAAGGACAACGUGCUUUGUGAGGUGAUCACAACUGUUUCCCCUAGCACAACCGUGGCGCCAAGCACCACAACCCCCAGCACCACAGGGCAAGGCACUACAACAUCUCCCGCAACGACAAGCAGUUCAUCUACAGAUCCGUCGGAGUUCUGCCAAGGGAAGACUGGCUUGUAUGCCGCCCCUGUGGGCAUGGUGGGCAAUCUAGAUUGCAGGGGGUAUUUCAACUGCUUCCAUGGAAACGAACCAAUGCAGUUGUGUGCUGAGGGCCAACGCUUCAACUCCAAUCUCAAGAUUUGCGACUGGAGUGCCAAUGUCUCCUCAACGACCGGUGGCAAUAGUGGAAAGAUUUUUGUGGCCUACUUUGCCAAUUGGUUCCAGUGGUGGCCUGAGCCCUAUAAGUUCAUGCCCUCCGACAUCCCGGCAGACAAGAUCACCCAUCUCAACUAUGCCUUCGCCAUGAUCCACAGCAGCACCUUUAAGAUUCGACACUUUGAAGACAACGAUGUGAGCAAUUGGGGCACUGGUACUUGGGAAACACCAUGUAGCCAGCAAUCUGAGUGGUGUUCGAAGGGCCUUUACGAACAGGUGAACGACCUGAAGGCGACCCAUCCACAUUUGAAGACCUUGAUUUCCAUUGGAGGAUGGUCCUUCAAUCUUCCCGAGAGCGAAGAUGCCGAAAGCGCCACGCGGAUGAAGCGCCUGGAUAGUGGCUGGAGCGAAUACGUCUUCUCAGACAUGGUGAGCACAGCCGAAAACCGACAGAAGUUUGUGGACUCAGCCAUCGACUUUUGUCGCACCUGGGGGUUUGAUGGCUUGGACUUGGAUUGGGAGUAUCCUGGUUACAUCGGCCGUGGGGGCCGCACCACCGACAAGGCCAACUUCGCUCUGUUGCUCUCAGAGCUCCGCAGUGCCUUCGAUGCUGAAGGAUCCGCCACGGGGAAGGCACCCCUCUUGCUGACAGCUGCAGUGGGCAUUGGACCAACAACUGCGGACAACGCCUACGACGUGCCGGCCCUGAACCAAUACUUGGAUUUCAUCAACUUGAUGACCUAUGACAUGUAUGGAGGCUGGAGCCCGGAGAAAACAGCCAUUCACAGCCAACUCUAUGCGGGCCCAGGUGAUUCCUUCGGAGAUGGAGUUCCGCUGAGUGGUGAGUAUGCAGUGAAUGACUGGAUCAGCCGUGGUGCCAGCGUCAACAAGUUGGCCCUGGGCCUGGUGACCUAUAGUCGUAGCUUCCAACUCCAGAGUAGUGCUGCUGGUCAGGGCCCCGGCGCUGCAGGAGUGGGAUAUGGUGCUACCCAACCCUACAGCAAACAAAAAGGCCUGGCCAGCUACUAUGAGAUCUUGACCUUGAUCAGCCAAGGAGCCCAGAAGUCUUACGAUGCAUCUCGUUGUGGGGCCUAUCUCCAAAAGGAUGAUCUUUGGAUGGGUUACUUGGCCUUACUACUGGGAGCAAGGACGCUACUAGGGCCACUAGGGGCUCCUGGCAUCGCUACUAGGAACAAGAAGCUACUAGUAGCUCCUUCCCCUUUGGAUGGGUUACUUGGCAGUGUUUGUUUUUGGAUUGUGGCAUCGGUCAAUCCAGCGAUCCAGCGAAAGCGGCUCGAGUCUUGCAGGGUUCCGUGUUCAAUGGGCCAAGGCUUCCCCUCCCCACGAGCCAAUGGCAGUUUACCCUAA